AUAAUUAUAACUAUUAGUACAUAGCACAUUCCAUUUUCUUUUUUCUUUGCCUUUUUCUUCCCUUUUGUGCUAUCUUCUCUUUUCUUUCUUUGCUACCAUGAGCGGCAAAGGUGGCGACGGCGGCGGUGGGGGUGGCGGUGGGGGGUCAGGGGUUUCGAUCCCAGACAAUGCAAAGAAAACGAUCCAAAGCAUAAGGGAGAUCACGGGGAAGCAACACAGUGAUGAAGAAGUCUAUGCAGUCCUCAAGGAGUGCUCUAUGGAUCCUAAUGAAACUGCCCAAAAGCUUCUUUAUCUGGAUACAUUUCAUGAGGUAAAAAGAAAACGCGAUAAGAAAAAGGAGACAGCUGGUACACAAGGACGAGGUGGCCGGGCCAGUCAAGGGAACUAUUAUACAUUAUUCAGUAAAGAUGCUGGAGGUGGAAGGAAUGCAUCUGCUAGAAGGGAGAAUGAAGCUAAUCAUACCUCAGAUAGAGGUUCUAUGCCUUUGCCAAGAUCUCAUAAAGUGAAAAAUAAUGCAGCAACUAACAUGGCAAAAACACCUAGUGCUAUACCAAAUGGCACUACAGCUUUACCAAAUGGGAGCUCCAGUCAUGGACGUGGAACCCAAUUGUCUGUUGACGAUGUUAAUGGUGAAACUAAAGAUGGGUUACCUGCAAACAAGCCAACAAUUGUUUCAGUGCAACCAACUGUUACAGAACCUCUUGCCCCCGUUCCUGCUCAGUCCAUUGGCUCUCUGAUCAGAGGUCAAGAGAAGUCCACAUCAAAUUUGAAUGCCUCAUCAACUUCUGCCACUUCUGCAACAGUGUCUGGUGUCUAUUCAUCUGCUUCAGAUCCUGUUGUGGUGCCAACCGUGACACAGCAUGCUGGUGCUGUGGGUACAAUAACACGUGAAAUUAGACCCCAACAGGAAGCUGCUGAAAUAAAACUUAUUCAAGGAACCAAACAUGUUCCCCGUGAUAUUGAUGCAUCUAAGACUGAGAAAACAGCCUCUGAGGUUCCAAGCUCAAUGCAUGAAAACAAGGCCCCAAGCAAAUCAAAAAUCGCUGAACAGGUUAAGCAGUCCAAGCUUAUGGAGCCAACCACGCUACAAGUGGUCACAACUGAGGUUGCAACUGUCAAAGCCAAUUCUCAGUUGCUUGCUGAUCCAAUUGUUCCCAAUGCUCAACAUGUUACUUUUCCCACCCACUUCCAAGUCUCUGAAGCAUUAAAAAAUGGCUUAACUUUUGGAAGCUUUGAUGCUAAUUUUGGACAGGAAAUGAAACACGAUAACGUCACUAGUGUGGAGAUUAACUCUGCAUGUACUGUUGAAGCUUCUCAGGGUAGCAGUGAAGCUGCUGGAGAGCCAUCUUCUAGAAGCCAAGGUACAUUAUCAGCUGUGGACGGGGGUAAUGCUGAUGGUAAUGCUGAUCAACCACAUUCUCCUCCUGAGUUUGAGAAAGUACUAGAAUCAGAUGGCAAUAUUUCAUCUGAUGCAGACUUGAAAGUUGAUCAGUCAAAUCAAGAAAUGUAUUUGCACCCAGAAGGUAAUCAGAGUGUCGUUCCAAAUGCCUCAAGCUAUGGGUUUGGUUUCAUGCCAGCAUCAGCAAGCCACCUUGCACAGUUUGAUGGACCUGAGGCUCGGGUGCAUGAUGUUUCUCAUCUUACAAAGUUUGCUAGUGGGAAUUCUCCAGCUCCAUCUGGCAGUUCAACACCACCUGUUCAGAGCUCUGUUGCUGCAGCCCCACAAGCAGUUCACCUUCUCCGGCAGUCAUUUCCACCUAAUUACUUUCCUUAUCCCCACUAUCUUUCACCUUUUUAUAUGCAUCCAAUGCAUCAAUUUUUAAACCCCACUGGGCUCACUCAGCAACCUUCAACCGGCAAUGUAUACAUGCCACCUGGAGCAGCUGCUCCUGGGGUCAAAUUCCCUCUUCCACAGUUCAAGCCUGGAACUAAUGCAGGAAAUCCUUCUCACCUCACAAUUCCAUCUGGCUAUGGUGCAUUGACUUCUCCACCUGUUGGUUUCAAUUUAUCUGUUUCAUCAGUGACCUCUGGAAGCUCUAGCAGCAAGGAGGAUCUUGCAGCAUCACAGUUGAAGGAAAAUCAUAUAUUCACAACUGGGCCACUGAAUGAAGGUUCAGCUCUGUGGAUGCCUGCACCAGGGCUAGAUUUAUCCAACUUGCAGGUUAAUUCUUUGUACAACCUCUCCCUUCAUGGCCAACAGGUUCCUUUCUCUCCUAUGCAGGCUGGUCAUGGUGCCUUUGCUGGACUUUAUCAGUCAGCACAAACAAUGGCUGCUCCUUCCAAUGUUAAUACCCUGCUACAACAGUCUCAAGCUAUGGGUGCAGCUGUCGAAACCAUGGCUUCCGCAUCUGGCGCUUAUCAGCAGCCUCAACUUGCGCAGAUAAAUUGGAACACUAAUUACUGAACUGAUAAAAUCUUAUGAGGAUGCAACGUAGAAAUACAUGGAGGCCCUUUUGGAAGGGGGAAACUCUGUUCUGCUAUUUGAGUGUAAAUAUUAAAGGCAUCUCAGAUAUAUUAGGGUAAUGUCUGGUGGGGAAAUAUUGCUGACUUCUUCAGCCUUUUUCUUGCCAUCUUUCCCCUCCAAUUCUUGUACUGUUGUCCUGUCCUGGGUAGCAAACAUAUUGCUGUUUUUAUUGGAAGUUAUUUAUUCUCAUAAGAUAUUCUAUAGGAAUUGAUGAGGUCAAUAGAUUAGGUGGGAUUUCGCCAAUUUUUCCUUUCUGAUAUGAAUAUCUCACCUGUAUAUCUAAUUUUGAAAAGGGAGGAAGGAUGAUACAAGCUGUAAUUGGUAUAUGAGAAGGUUCUUCUAGUUUCUUUAAUUGACUGACGGUCAUAUUGAAUGAAAAGCUACCUAGUUAUUUUCAG